UUACGCAGCCAGUUGAACUCUGACCAAAACAAACUCACAAGGACAAAAUAUUUAGCUUUGACGUCUGACUUUUAAAACACAUACUUCCUCCCAAAUGCCAUGGCGACUAAACAAGAGGUGUGAGGAGAAAUAAUUAAUCUUUUGUCGGCUUGCUUGCAGCAGUAACUGAACUCUAGUAGCAGUUGCUAUUAGCUAGAAAAUGCUAGCGUUACUUUAGCGAGCGACGCCACUUUAGUCACCGUGAUGCCAAAAACGCCCCGACAGCAGCAGCCGCGGGGAGUAGAAGCCGCUGCUGCUUCUAUCGCCUUAAUUAUCAGCUAGUUAGGCUAAUCUGAGAUAAACACUAUAUUUUUUCUUCUACAUUGCCUUUUUUUUUACUGCCCUGGGAAAAAAAUCCACUUCAGUAUGGGGAUGUGCUUAUCGUGCCUUGGUGGAGCAGGGGAGGACGUGGUUGUCACUCCAGAUCCAGAGACAAGGAGGCGACAGUUAGCUGAGGCCGCUGAGAAGAGACAAAAAGAGACAGCAUAUAGGGGUGUCAAAAAUCCCGAAGGUGUUGAGAGGAAAAGGAAAAAACAGGAAGAGAUUGAGAAAACGGAGAUGACCACCUCUGGGUCUGGUGGCGGUGGCGGCUUGAAGUGGCAGGUGGGCUGAAAAUCCUGAAGGUAAACACCUGAAAUCGUGACUCUGAAGUGCAAAACAACGAACGUGAAGUACAAGAUGACUUGAAAGACGUUUGAACUGCUGUCCAUUUUAUUAAAUUGAUGUUGAUUUUUGCCUAUUUUAUGAUGUUAUGAGACAAACGCCUGCGUUAUGCAAAACAAUUUAACAUUACGGACAGAAUAGCAAGACCUGCCCGCUUGUUGCCAAGUUCUACAAGCCAGUCGGACGAGUCAGGGAUGACACACAAGGAUGAUAAAAAGUCCAGUAGUGUCUCUGAUGACGGUUUUUGAGACACAUUUCAUCACUACACUGUUGUUGCUUUUUCAUAUUCAAGGAUCCAUAUUCACUGUAUAUCCGUUAAUGGUCACAUAAUUUUUUGUGCGACUUUUUUCCAGAAACCACUUAUUCAAAAUGAGACAUUUCAAGUAUAACACAGUUUAUGUUUACAAAGACUUUUGAGUGUGAUUAGAAUUAGUUUAAAAAUCACCCAGUUAGCAUCAUUUCACCUUGUUAGUGGCUCUAAUUCCUUUUUUGCAACGCAGAGACUAGUGCAUUUUGUGCAUCCCUGCAGCAGAUAAAGAAUACUGCUGAAUAACAGGAAAAACACAUUUGAACCAUUUUAACCAGUCAAAAUUUAAAUAGCAGGUGCACAUGGAUCUUUUUUGCACUAGUCUUUGACACUGUCACUUUGAAAUAGAGCCCUGAGUGUUUGUUAUUUUAUUAUUUUCUGCACAAUUUAAGUUUGUUAAAUUGACUUCUAGUGGAAAACUCUAAUGUAUUGCCUGCUUAAUUUAAAUAAGAUAUGACAUGUGUUUAUGAAUUGCCAUAUGACAAACACAAGCUUCUGUUUGACACAUGAAUUGCACACAGUUUGUCACUACUCGAUGAACAGAAAAUACGCUUGCUCAUACUCGAUGUCGGUAAGAUAUUCAAGUCAACCACAAUGGAAACAGGAAGAGUGGAGACAAAUACGAAGUGUGUAAAUAAUGAAGUAUUUACUUUCACUUGCUUAACUGUGUGCAUUUUCUUACAGCCUUCACUUGAUCCUUAAAUGCUUCCGGUGCUCUCCACAUUUUGUAGCACAGGAAAUCUAGCCAAUGUUAUUUGCUACAAUAAAUCACAUUUCUGC